AUGAAAGGUUGGACGGGGUUGCCAGGAACCUCACUAGCGACAGUCGGUCCUGCAUCCACAGCGCGGUUGGCUGAAGAUGAAGUCCUCAAGAUGGGCAGCGCAGAACUGGGACAGAGUUUUGCAGCGGUGCUAUCGAGAUUCGCCAAUCGAGGUUCCGGCGACCAAGAAGACUCAAGGAAUGGCCUCCUCCUCCCCUGCCUCCAACGCUCCAUUUACCAGGUCGCUGUGGAACUAGUGCAGGCGGCUACUCAUCAUGUCACCGACGAGUUCCUCUCAGCCGUCGCACUCAUCUGGGAGCUUCACGAGCUCUCACAGCUCUUUCUACUUGUCUAUUUUUCCCUCCUCGUCGCUCCCGAUCUCCUGGCCCUCAUCUGUGUUGUGAUCGGCAACACAUUUGGAAUGGUCUCGGACGCAAUGGAGGUGGAACCGCAUGCCCCUCUCCUCCCCGUCGACAUCGCUCAGAUCCACAAGCGGGCGAGCACCAUGAAUCAAGAAAAGCUUCCCUUCCCUGGAUCGAAGGGCCAAUCCAAGUCUAUCCUCAAAGAGUGGUGCCACGAAUUCAAGCUUCCCAUAUCCGGCAACAUUGCGGACUUGACAGCCAGGCUUCAGGAGUACAGUUGGGAUGACAAGAGAUGGAAGAGGCGAGUAGCAUGGCUCGAUAUCUACAAGCAUUGUACCUCACCUCCAUUGUUCCCUUGCAGCCUCGGGCCAGCCAAGACCCACUCUCACAAAGGUCCCAGGCCAGAUGCGAAACAAAAAACGUUCAAAGGAUUGUCGGACGGCUCAGCAAAUUGCGAUGGUAGUUCCUUGGGCCCUCUUGAAUCAGCAGGGGGACAAUCUACAUCCACUCCACUUGUACUACCCAUUGCGCCUCCUUCCCUCACUGCAGCAGGACAGUUCUAUCAACCCUCCAUUCCACCAUCCCUCACGAGCUUCAAACCAGCAAGCUUAAGCAAGGUUCAUGUUGAUCAUGCCAAUGCCGCCUCCAACUCGUCCAAUCGAUGCAUGGGUUUUUCCGCCAUCCCCUGCUUCAGAGAUUCCUUGUCGAUGUUGGACGUUGAAAUGGGAUCUUGCGUCCCUCCCAACCUUUCCAUAUCCUUUCCAACCAUCUUGUCAACAUCAGUCAGCACCAUUGAUACACGAUCACUGACUCUGGCUAGUGGCCAGGUGGUUGUGUUCACUGUCAAGGAUGUCCCGAAUCCUGCCUACAUCAAAGUCAGUAAGGAUAUUCCAUGUUUGGCUUCAAUGUGGGAUGACUUGUCCCCUGCCUGGUGUGGUGUCUCUGUCACCAUGGUCUGUGGGCAUCACAUUCCGCUCAAGUUCUGGCCCCAGCUCUAUUGGUACUGGAAGCCAGCUGCAUGGAAGGCGAAGAAGGGCGAGUGGUCUAAGUGGAAAACUGUCGCACAACGAUACCUUCAAGGAACUCAAGCUGAAUUUGAGGCGGCUUUUACCAUUGAUGGCAAGCUGCUCUCUUACACUGCCAUCGAGAAGGCAAUCACCCAAUUGCACAUUGCUAACGAUCAAGCGCUGAGUGCGAAAGCACGCGCAGAGUAUGGCUCGGAAUUUGAUAAAGUUUUUUUGUAUCGCCGGACCUCUGACAGCACACAGGUUGUGAUGAGCAAGGACUCAAGCAUUGCUUGGCACUAUCAUCAGCUCCAUGUACGUCCACAAGAAAAGCAUUUGACUGUUGGUGCAAUUGAUGGGUUGAAAAAAUCUUCCCUCUUCUCCAUUGGCACGUCGUUCCAUGACAUAAGAUAUUUUACAAUUGUCAUAUGCGACGGAUUGGCCAACGCUGCUCUGAUGAAGGGUACUGGCAACCCCCAUGGUGAAAUGAAUGUGUGCCGUAUGGAGAUGGAUCAAUGCCAAUGUCAAUCAGGUUAUUCCUGA